GCUGAUUACAGAGUGCUGAUGCUAUUCCUAUUUCGUGACAGACUCCGUGAGUGAGUCUCAGACCAGUUCUGGGCCAAAGAAAUCUCUGUACCGCAGAUUCCAAGACUCUAAGAGAGGGGAGAUCUCGGAUGCCGAUGUCCUCAAGUACACGGGCAUGAGCAAAGAUACUCUGACCGGGUGGGCGGCCGAUCGUCCUGGAGUGGGUGGAAAUAGGGCAGCGGGAAGCAUCACGGCUGGUAACGCGUCGGGCCUGGGUGGUAUGAUGGCUGGGUCCGGUUAUGGCGGUUGGGGUACGGACGCAAAUGGCACCCCGAAGUUCCCACCUACAACCAAGUCCGAGAAUCAAGAGUCCAACGAUGCGGCGGCUGAGGCUGUGGCUAAGAAAUGAACAUACCGAUAUGAUUUUACAGAUGUGGAGACGCGCAAUCAACUUGUACUUCCUUCCCUCUUGCAUAGGUGCUUAAGAACAAACG